AGACUCCAGAGGAGGGACAAGGACGCCUGAACUACAGAAGCCAGGGUGACGCUGGAGCAGGGCUGGAAGGAGAGACGUGAACAUCACUUGGGAGUAACUUAUUAGGUGUUAUGGGAGAGGGAGAAGGACAAGUCGAGGAAGAUUCCCAGGUUUCUGGUUUGGACAAUGGGAUGGGGAAACUGACUCCAUGAAGCUCAGGCCUGGCCGCGGUCAGGGUAGAAUCAGGACUGGAACCCAGGCUGUAUGGCUGCGGCCCUGACCCUCACCAUCCAUGUCAGGCAGAGAACACUCAGGUGGGGCAGGAGGGCCGUCCACCUCACAUUCUGGGGUCACCCUCCACGGGAUGCAGACCUUGCUUUCCCUUCGGGCAGGUUCCAAAUAUUGACGCUUACCUUCAGGUCUUGGCCCCCAUGGUGUGGGGCUUGGUCACAGCUGCUUCCCCAGCCCCAGGCCUGCAUGAAGAAGGCACUCACUAAAUGCUUGCUGUUGAGGUGAGUGAAGCUGAGGGUGGAAUCCGAGAGUGGGAGGAGGAGGAGAAGGAGGAGGAGGCAGCAGAGAGGACACCCACGGGAGAAAAGUCUCCAAACUCUCCCGGGACUUUGCUGUCUCUGAGAGGGAAGGCCUGGACGGGGGGCCGCAUGGAAGUCAAGCUGGAGCUGCACCCCUUGCAGAACAGGUGGGCUCUGUGGUUCUUCAAGAAUGACCGCAGCCGGGCCUGGCAGGACAACCUGCACCUGGUCACCAAGGUGGACACUGUGGAGGACUUCUGGGCGCUAUACAGUCACAUCCAGCUGGCCAGCAAGCUCUCCUCUGGCUGUGACUAUGCCCUCUUCAAGGAUGGCAUCGAGCCCAUGUGGGAGGACAGCAGGAAUAAGCGGGGUGGCCGCUGGCUGGUCAGCCUGGCCAAGCAGCAGCGCCACAUUGAGCUGGACCGGCUGUGGCUGGAGACGCUGCUGUGUCUGAUCGGGGAGAGCUUUGAGGAACACAGCAGAGAGGUAUGUGGGGCCGUCGUCAACAUCCGCACCAAGGGGGACAAGAUCGCUGUGUGGACGAGGGAGGCGGAAAACCAGGCGGGCGUGCUGCACAUUGGGCGUGUAUACAAAGAGCGCCUGGGCCUCUCCCCAAAGACCAUCAUUGGGUACCAGGCCCAUGCAGACACAGCCACCAAGAGCAACUCCCUAGCCAAGAACAAGUUUGUGGUGUGAGGGGGGCCUUGGCACCCCUCCUAUGUAAUGGGACAGCCACCACUGAGCCUCAUUACUUUGGGGGAUGGGGCGGGACUGGGGAUCAGACAGCCUAGUUCUUACCUGUCCUCAAGUGAACAGGAAUGCAAACAUUCUUUAACAUGAGUUGGGGCCUGAGCCUUAGGGGCUAGAUGGGGGUAGUGGUGGCAGUCUGAGGACCUAGCUUGUCCUGGGGCCACAGGACAGCAGCAGGGUGGAAAAAACUCCUGGGGGUGGGGUGAGUCAUGGCGGGGAAGGAGGGCUCUAUGGUAGGCGGAGAAGCCCAUAGUCCAGUGUUUACUGUUUCCACCCAGGAAGGAGGUGAGGUGGCCUGAGAGACAGACUCUUCCAUGGGUGGUGGGCUCAAGGGCACAGACACGCUGGAGGGUGAACGCCAUCAUUUGUACAGAGGGAUACGUGGGUUGCUGAGGACUGAGAGAGCCUUGCAAGGCCGCUCCCCUUCUCCCCAGCUGUGACCAUGGCUGUCUGGGCCUUGCCUGCCUCAGGGCCAGACUGAAGUGGAGGUGGAGGGAUGCUGGGCUAGGCCUCACCAAGGUUCUGGUAGAAGUGGUGGAAGUGGAUAAACUUGAUAAUAAAAGCUUAAGCAUC